AUGAUCAUCUUAAUUUAUUUAUUUGCCUUGCUAUGGGAAGAUGCUGAAGGAUGGGGAUUCAGGAAUGGAAUUUUUCAUAACUCCAUAUGGCUUGAACAAGCAGCAGGCGUGUACCACAGAGAAGCGCGGUCUGGCAGAUAUAAGCUCACCUACGCUGAAGCUAAGGCGGUGUGCGAAUUUGAAGGGGGCCGUCUUGCAACCUACAAGCAAGUAGAGGCAGCCAGAAAAAUUGGAUUUCACGUCUGUGCUGCUGGAUGGAUGGCCAAGGGCAGAGUUGGAUACCCCAUUGUGAAGCCAGGCCCCAACUGUGGAUUUGGAAAAACUGGUAUCAUUGAUUAUGGAGUCCGUCUCAAUAGGAGUGAAAGAUGGGACGCCUAUUGCUACAACCCACACGCAAAGGAGUGUGGUGGUGUCUUCACAGAUCCCAAGCGUAUUUUUAAAUCACCAGGCUUUCCCAAGGAGUAUGAGGAUAAUCAAAUCUGCUACUGGCACAUCAGACUCAAGUAUGGUCAGCGUAUUCACCUAAGUUUUUUGAACUUUGACCUUGAAGAUGAUCCAGGUUGCUUGGCUGACUAUGUUGAAAUAUAUGACAGUUACGAUGAUGUCCAUGGCUUCGUAGGAAGAUACUGUGGAGACGUGCUUCCGGAUGACAUCAUUAGUACAGGAAAUGUCAUGACCUUGAAGUUUCUAAGCGAUGCUUCAGUGACAGCCGGAGGUUUCCAAAUCAAAUAUGUGACAAUAGAUCCUGUGUCCAAAUCCAGUCAAGGAAAAAAUACAAGUACCACUUCCACUGGAAAUAAAAACUUUUUAGCUGGGCGAUUUAGCCACAUAUAA